GAGCGAAGGGGUUUAGGGACAUGAAAACUUUUUUAGAAGUGGUAAUUUCUCUAGUUUUGUUCUUUCAUCUUCUCUCGUCCGACACGACGAUAGUCUCUCCAUUUAUCUGUAUAUCUCCACUUCUCCCUGCCUUUCCUUCCAGCAAACAUCGAAUAAAAUGGCUUUAUGGAUGGAAAGAGGCUCAGAACCCAAAACAGAAAGCGAGAUCGCUGACCUAGAAGCCAUUUCUGCCCUCAAAGAAUCAGCUGCUCUUGAACUUAAGGAGAAAGGAAACGAGUUUGUCAAAAAGGGGAAAAAGCAUUACCAAGAAGCCAUCGACUGUUACAGCAGAGCUAUCAACCAGAAAGUUCUAAACGACCAAGACACCUCCGUUUUGUUCUCAAAUAAAGCUCAUGUAAAUUUACUCCUUGGGAAUUACCGCCGUGCCGUCACCGACGCUCAGGAUGCCAUUAAGCUCUCCCCUGCAAACGUUAAGGCGUAUUAUCGAGCUGCCAAAGCGUGUCUGUCGUUAAAUUUGUUAUCGGAGGCGAAAUCUUAUUGUGAAAGUGGAAUAGGAAAAGACCCAAGUAAUGAGGAGUUAAAGAAACUGGCAAAGCAGAUUGAUUUGAAGAAGAUGGUACAGGAGCAGCGUGAAGCUCAAGUUUCUAAGGCCCUUGUACAGGCUAAGGACCUUGUUUCUGCUAUUGAAGGUAGAAGUUUGAAGAUUGGGAAGGCAAUGUACAGAGAACUUACUGGAUUAAGGAAGCCGGAAUUGGAUAAAAAUGGAAUUCUUCAUUGGCCUGUUUUGCUACUCUAUGCAGAGGUUAUGUCCAGUGAUUUUAUAGAGGAUUUCUGUGAAACUGAAAUGUUUUCAGCUCAUCUUGAUAUCAUGUUUUCAGAAAGUUGUCCCCCUUUACCGUGGGAUAAAGAAAACCAUUAUACCCGUGAAGCUAUUGAACUUUACUAUGAGGCUGCUUCUGGUGUGCAUCUGUCUAAGACCAAAAUUAUCCAUCAUCUUCUAGAAGGAACUGCAGCUUCUAAUGUGGAAAGUGUUGGAGAGGAAGAAAAGGAUGCAGUUGAUUGUUCUACGUAUGGUGAUUCUGCAGGUGGUUCAUCCAAAUGGGUCAAAGUAAAUGAAAAAGGAACACUUCAUGAUGUGUUGAAAGAACCAAACUUCAUUAUCCCAAUGAUACCAGUCUUUUAUGUUGUUUCAAAAAGAUCCUGCUUUUAUAAGGACUUCAUAGCUGGAAAAUGGGCACCUCCAAUGUAAAUGGAUUGUACAUGUUAGACAGCUAGUGUGUGGUUUGGUUGUUAUUGUACCUUGACCGAGUCAAGGCAAGCAGUUUUUAUGUACUCCUAUAUACCAAAAUUAUGUACUCCAAGACAGCUAGUGUCUGCUCAUGAUGUUCAAUGCAAAAGGUGUUGCUUGAACUCAAAAAAUUAUGAAGCAGCUUUGAGUUUGCAAAGCCAUUUAAGUUUGUAGAAUUUUUUUCCAGGGUUUUUCAUGCACUUUCAUAGUUGUUAUACUAAAACACAAACCGGAAGAAACUACAAGGAGUUUCUUUUACAGCUUUAACUUGAAUGGUGAAGUCUAUUUACUUUCGCAGUUGUGAAAUCUCUGCGGCUUUUAAGUUGAA